AUGAACAAGUUCUAUGAGAACUUAGAGACAGCUGAAGGCCAAAAAAGAAUACACAUGAUAGCAAAAAGCAGAGAUAAAUCCUCAAAGGAUCUAACACAUCAAACAGAUCAAGGACAAAAAUGGAAGAGUUUUAUCAAAGAUGAAAGCAUAAUAACUAUAUGGAAGGUGUACUUUGAAGAGUUACUAAAUGAAGAAAACCCCGGAACAAUAAUAAGAGAUGGAAACCCUCAUGGGAGAAUAGUCCAGGAUAUCAGCAGAGAUGAGGUUAAGAAGGCACUGGAUAAAAUGAAGAAGGGGAAAGCAGUGGAACCUGAUGGAAUACUAGUUGAAGUGUGGAAGUGUUUAGGAGAGGAAGGCAUAGACAUCCUGUUAGAUUUAAUGACGAAGAUAUAUCACCAAGAAAGAAUGCCAGACAUGUGGAGUUCUAAUGGCCCCAAUCUACAAAAGGGUUCAGCCCUUAGUCCCUACGUGUUUGAUAUUGUGAUGGAUGUUAUAACAUCGGAAGUUAAAGAAGAGGUGCCUUGGUGUGCAAAUCAGCAGAACAAAGACAGAAUAUAUAUGGACAGGUGGAGAGAAAUGGCAGCGAACAAUGAAAUUGGGUCAAGAAGAAUAAAGAGGGUUAGCUCCUUCAAAUAUCUUGGUUCUGUUAUGAGUGAGAAUGGAAACCUGGAUGCAGAAGUCAGUAAUAGAAUUCAGUGUGCAUGGAUACUUUGUGACAGGAGGAUCAGUGCAAAAGUGAAAGGAAAGUUCUAUAAAAGCGUAGUCAGACCUGGAAUGCUCUAUGGGGCAGAGACUUGA